AUGAAGGUAUCACAGCAAAAACAACAACAACAACAGCAACAACAACAACAACAACAAGAAAGAGGGAAAUCUUCCCUAUUCGACAGUGUGACCUUCAUCGUAUUGUUGUUUGGGUUGCCAGUUCCGUUUGUCUUUCUGGUGACAGCCUUGCAUCAAUUUACCAUGAUGUGGUCGUACUGUCCAUUUUGCCUUGUGUUUGGGGCCUACGGAAUCUUGGUGACAUCCUUUGUGGAAGCUGCCACCAAAGUAAUCCGAUGGACUUCCAACACGAUUGUUUCGAAGCAUGAUUCGGAAGGAACUCUCAUGACGCCCUUGGUGUUUGUGCUAUUUCCUCAAUGGAUUUUGUUCCUCUAUACGAUUCUGAAUUCGCUGGAUUGUGAUGCCAUGAAUCUCCAAGCUACUACUACUACUACAAGUAGCCCCAAUGGCGAAAUCGACGCUGGUACCAUUGCCCUUUCUGCAUUAAUGACAAUUGGUAUUCCUUUGAUGAUUCUAAUUCGAGCCUUCCGUCAAGCAUGGAAGGACAUUGACGAAGAAGACCAGAGGCAGAAAUUGAAUCGUAACAAGACUGUUGAGCCAGCUCGAAAAAUAAUUGCAUUGAGUCGAAAUGUGCAUUCCAAGAGGUUCAAUGGGGUAACUUCUUGUUUGAAGCUGCUAUAG